UCCAACAUCGACUAAACUUGUAAUGUCUGGAAGAGGAAAGGGAGGCAAAGGCCUCGGUAAAGGAGGCGCUAAGCGUCACCGUAAAGUUCUCCGUGAUAACAUCCAGGGCAUCACCAAACCCGCCAUCCGCCGCCUGGCUCGCCGCGGUGGAGUGAAGCGUAUCUCCGGUCUGAUCUACGAGGAGACCCGCGGUGUGCUGAAGGUGUUCCUGGAGAACGUGAUCCGUGAUGCCGUCGCCUACACCGAGCACGCCAAGAGGAAGACGGUGACCGCCAUGGAUGUGGUGUACGCUCUGAAGAGGCAGGGCCGCACUCUGUACGGCUUCGGAGGUUAAACCUGAUCCGGAGAAACAACAACACAACGGCUCUUAAGAGCCACACACUUCAUCUGAAGACCACCUUCCUCUUUAUUUCGUAGAAAUUACUUGGCAAUAUUACAGUAGUCUAUUAUAAAAUCUAUUCCGUUAUUGAUUAAUGUGAAUAGGUUAAGCCACUACCAGUUAAUCUUUAACAACAUUAAUGAAGAAAAGAGUC